GUUUAACUCCUUGAGUAGGCAAGAGAAGAAAAACUCAGCUGUUCCAUGGGUUCCUUUGGGAUUAGUUUGGUGACAGAGCUAUCAUUUGUGUCACAUUUUACCAACUUACAAAACAAGUAGUUGAUAAAACACGUGUUAAUGUGUAAAACAUCAUGUAAUCUUUCAGCCUGACAAUAUGGCUACCACCUUUCCCUUUCCUGACACAGAUUCUGUCUGCUAUCUUUGCACUUCCUCUUUAAAAGACUCUGUUGUUCUAAGAUGUUGCCACAGCUUGUGUAAAAACUGUCUACAAAGCUACUGGGAGCUCAACAAGUCCCUGGAGUGUCCUGUUUGUUUGAGGGAGACACACUGUUCUGUUCUUCUACAUCAUUUAAGUAUUUCUUGCUUCGCCUCAGAGGGUGAAUCCUCUCAAGACAGCAACUUCAAACCACUCUGUGAAGGGAAUGCAGAAAGUAAAAUGCAGUCAGUAGAGAAGGACUUAUCUGCGGUAAUGAGCACUAUUGCCAGCAUCAAGAAAGAAGAGGACAUCAGUACCAUUGUCCAGAUGUUGAUGGAGGUCAAAUAUGAACCUGUUGAAAACAACAUAUCAGCAAAUAUAGAAAACCUUAUAUUCGGACAUACAAUGGAGGGCAUUGCCUCUGUGAAGAGCGAGCAGUCCAAUGAAACCAGGGAUGAGGAAGCAGAUACAGAUGUGAUACUACAUGACAGUAUUUCUGCACCCAGUUCCAUUUUAAAGGAUCCCAAUGAAUCUACAGAGAAUCCUCAUCUACCACCUACGACUACUUGUAAAUCAUUAAGGUCCAACCUUUGUCCAAAAUGCGGCAAGAGUUUCAAAAGAAAGUCCGACCUCAGAGUUCAUGAGAAGGUGCACUCAUUAAAGAAACCACACCGGUGCUCCACUUGUGGAAAGAGUUAUGCUAGUAAACAUGAGCUCUCCAUGCACAUGCGGCUACACACCGGCGAGAAGCUGUUGGACUGUUCUUACUGCAAGAAGAAGUUCGUCAGAGAGAGUGGACUGAAGUCCCACUUGAGAAGCCACACAGGGGAGAAGCCGUUCUCUUGCUCGCAAUGUGGGAAAAGCUUCGCUCGAAGAAGUACCCUAAGUACUCACUUGAGGUUGCAUGUAGGCACCCUGCCCCACCAGUGCAAUUACUGCGGGAAGCUUUUCAACACUGCUGCGGCUAUGAGAGUCCACAGGGCAACCCAUACCGGAGAAAGACCCUUUCCGUGCCCGCAGUGUGACAAAAAGUUCAUCAAUAAGUUUCACUUGGAAGUUCACCUGCGUAGUCACGCAGGGAACAGGCCAUUCAGCUGUUCCGUGUGUGGGAAGAGUUUCUUGCGGAAGCAAGAACUCAACACUCAUCAAACCAUUCACCAAGACAACCGUCCUUUUCAUUGCACCGACUGCGAGAGCAGCUUUAAAAGGUUGAGCCACCUCACAUCACACAUGAAGAUCCAUUCCUCCGACACUCCUUUCAAAUGCACAUACUGCAGCAGAUCCUUCAAGCAUCCCAACAGCCUCAAACUGCACAAGCGUCUUCACACUGGAGAGAAACCCUACACUUGUGAACACUGCGGGAAAAGGUUCCCCUCUUCAGGAGAUCGAACUAGACACCUAGCUGUACACUCCGAGGUUAAAUCCUACAAGUGCCCGAAAUGUGACAGAAGCUUUCGCUUCAGGAACAGUAUGAGGUCCCACAUGGUCACACACACCGGAGAAAGACCUUUCCAUUGCAAAAAGUGUGGCAACAGCUUUAAGAGAAUCGCAAAUCUCAAAGCACACGAGGUGGUGCACACCGAAGAAAGAUGCUACAGCUGUUCUCAAUGCGGUUUGGCCUUCAAGUCGUCCUCUACUCUCAGGAGCCACCUGAUAAUCCAUUCCAGCAAGACUCUGUUAGAUUGCACCAUCUGUGGCAAAACCUUCACUCGUCAAGACACCUUCAAAAGGCAUCAAGACCUUCACGCCAGAAUCAAAGUCCACAAGUGCUCAGAGUGUGGAAAAUGCCUGAGUUCAGCAAGCUGCCUGAAGCUGCACAUGCAGGGUCAUUCCGGGAAGAAGAAAAUGUAUAACUGCAUUGAAUGCGAAAAGAGUUUCAGUUCCACAUCCUACCUCUUGAAGCACCGGCAGAUUGCGCACACCGACGAGAAGCCAUAUACAUGCUUAGAGUGUGGGGAGAGCUUUAAUACAGAUGGGAAACUGGUCACUCACCAACUACAGCAUUCUGGACAGAUGGAUCACGUUUGCUCCCACUGUGGGAAGAAGUUUGCACGGAAAGAGACACUAAGACGACAUGAGAAGAUGCACUCUGAGAAGAGGCCUUACCAGUGCUCAGAGUGUGGGAAAGGAUUCACGAGGAGCGAUCAUCUAAAACAACAUCAGAAAACACACGACAAGAGAAAUUAGAAAUAAUGUUUUCAUUUUUAGUUUUCCUUCAGCAUUAUAUGUUAGCGAAAGGAGUUGCUACUAUUGAUGUAGCCUGGUAAGAUACACAGAACAGAAGAAAAUAUACAACUGCGAUGAAUGCGAAAAGAGCUUCAGUUCCACAUCCUGCCUCUUGAAGCACCGGCAGAUUGCAGAAAAGAGGCCGCUGGUCGACGUCUAGGAAAGGUCACAAGGAGCGACAAUCGAAAACCGCAUCAGAGAAUACACGACAAGAGAAUUUAGAUGGAAGUAAUGUUUUCAUUUUGAGUUUUAUUCAAAAAGGAGUCUCUAAAUUGAUGUAGCCUAUUAAUAUGCACAGCACAGAAGAAAAUGUACAACUGCGAUGAAUGUGAAAAGAGUUUAAGUUUCACAUCCUACCUCUUGAAGCACUGGCAAAUUGGUGGGAAGAAGUUUGCAUGGAAAGAGAGACUAAGAUGACAUAAGAAGAUGCACUCUGAGAAGAGGCCUUAUCGCUGCUCGACAUGUGGGAAAGCAUUCACAAGGAGCAGUAAUCGAAAACCACAUCAGAGAAUACACGACAAGAGAAAUUAAAUGGAAGUAAUGUUUUCAUUUUGAGUUAUCUUGAAUUAUCUUACUUUUGUCCAGGCAUUUGAGUAAUGAGACUGAGGAUUGAAGACUGAGGAAUAUUGCCCCCUUCUGAGUUCAUUUGAAUGGCACUUUAUACUAGUUAUCACUCCACCAGAUGGCAGUCUAUGCUUUGAGACAGAAUUGAAUGAAUUGUGGACCUUAAAGGUACCUGAAAACUCAAUGCUGCAGAACCUUCUCUAAAAUCAUGAAAAAUAAAAGCAUUUAAAUGUAAGAUAAAAGAUAAGAGAGAAAUAUUAUUGUGCUUUUUUGUUUUGUUAAAGUGUCUCACUGAAAGAAUAUUAUGGAUGUUGUGUUCUGUCAUUAAAGACAUUUAUGAACUCAGGUGAUGUGUUUCUUUUAUUAACACUUGUAUAUUUCAAAAAUGAUAGUCCGCUUUUGUUUGGGGUUGCCACUUUCACCUUUCAAAAUAAGUCUGAUACAUACAUAAUGGCAGUUAAAUAUGUAACAGUCCACAAGUAUCAAAAUGAAAUUGGAUUCUGAUGCAAAUGGUAUAUGUUAACCAGAGGCAAGAACCUGCACUGACAAAUGACAUGUACUACCAUUUAUCUGAAGCUGUGGGUAAAAUAAUGCCAUGAAUCAAAAGGAGAAAUCAUAUGGACUUACAUUAGGUCAAUGUGUCAAAUUGGAAUUUGAUUGGACAUUUCUGGCCUUUCUACUUAAUGCAGAAGAUCAAAGAGCAAACUGCACAACACCAGUUCUAGACUGCACAUUUUGUGCUGUAAGCAUUUAAAGAGGUCACUUGAUAUACAAUACUGCAGCACAGGUAGCAAAGAAAUGUCUAAAAAGGUACUGCGCUAUAAAUAGUCUGAAAUUAUAUAUUUUCAUGAUAAUGAUAGUCUUCACGCUUGUGAGUUCAUCACCCAGGCAUUUGCUCUUUACAUUUUGUGUCCAUUUCUCAAUAUUUCUUAGAUUUUUUUUUAACCAAUCAGGUGUUUGUAUGCGCAUUCCCAUUUGUUUGUGUGGACGUUUGCAGACUCCAGCUAUUUCAUUCCCAGUCGAACAAAUAAACAUAGUAAGAAAUUCUAAGUCUGGUCAGGGGAGAGUCACACUCUGUCUCCCUGACAACAGUCGCUAGGCAACUAACAUUUGUCAUCCCUUUUCUUUCUUACCUCAUGUCCCGUUUCCAACCAUCUGCCUUUAGAGUGAAGCCAUCAAACCCUUUCAAAUA